AUGUCCUUCAAUAUGGCGAAGACCCGCGGCCCGGCCGCCCCCACUGGCCCGCGCGCCACCGGCCCCGGCCACAAGAACGACCAGCUCGGGAAGCUGCGCACUCAGCUGAAGGACAUCGAGGACCAGAUCUUGUCCCUUCUGGUUUUGUUCGAGGACAUCAGGAAGGCCCUCGACACCUCGGACGAUGUUUUCCGUGAGUCUCGCUCGCAGCUGGACGAGCUGCACAAGGCCCUGAGCCAGGCCCAGGCUCGUGAGGCUGCCUUCAACAGCACCUCCACCCAUGGCCCUCUGGUCGCCUACCGGCAGCUGGAGAGCAAGAUUGCCAACUUCAAGCUCCCUGGCAAGUUCCGCAACCUCGCCGAGAUUGAGCAGCGCAUUGCCGUCGUCACCGAUGUCAUCAACGGCUCCACCGAUCCCACUCGGCCGCACAUCUCCCUGGUCAAGCUGCAGCAGCACCGCGACGAGCUGCAGCAGCUCAACCGCCAGGUGGUCUCCUACCGCAACUACAACGCCCUUGUUCAGGAGUGCCAGAAGCUGAAGCCCACCGUCACCGCCGACCUCAAGGCCCACGAGGCCGCCCGCCAGGAGGUGGAGAAGGCUCGCGCCGCCGUGGACAAGUAUUCCAGCAGCAUGACCGCGAAGGUCUCCUCCUCGACUUACGGUACGCCUGUGUCACUGACUUCCCUUGUCGCGCUUGGGGGCCGGAUCCUGACCGCCAUCACUUUCGACCUCUCCAUGCUUGGCCAGCUGCAGCUUUUCCGCCUGCCGGUCCCCUCGGUGGCCACCGAUGUGCCGGCCCUGCUGGCCGCCAUCGACACCAUCACCGCCAGCUUUGAGAAGGCCCAGUCCCUGGCCCUGGAGCUGGGCCAGGCCGAGCUGGACAACCUUCUUACCUCCAAGGAGUCGGAGAAGAUCCUGCUCCAGGCGUUCACCGGCGGCCCGGACGCUCAGUCUUGGCGCCAGCUGGUGGAGGACCGCCGCAGCGGUCGCGUGCCGGCCAUCGUCCCGGAGGCUGACGAGUCGGCCCCCCCCACCACCACCACCACCUCCUCCGAGGAGCAGGAGUCUGCCAAGGAGCAGGCCCCCAGCCCCAAGGAGCAGGACGAGGACAAGGAGGCGGAGCCGGCUGCUGCCGUCGCCGUCGCCGCGGCCGAUGCCGAGGAGCAGGACCAGGAGUCUGAGGAUUCCGUGGCCGCUCUGGCCGCUGCCCCGGCUGCUGAGGCCACUGUGGACAACGCCGCCGAGCCCGAGUCUUCGGUUGCGGCCGAGGCGUGCGCCUCCACCACCGAGGGCGAGGACGCCGAGAAGGCCGAGGCGGCCGACGGGGACGAGUCUAGCUGA